CUUGGCACCACGCCACACCCGGAGGGGACCAUGGAGCAGCAAGAUGAUGAGUCCCCGGAGUCCCUGCAGGCCUGUGUGGAGAACUUUGUUCUACCCCAAGAGAUGAUCAUCGAAGUGGAGGGAGAAGAUGCUGGGUCACUGGACAUCUUGCCUCAGGAGAGCACAGACUUCAAGAUUGUGACUGUGGACCUCACGGAGGAGGGACAGAGCACUUGGAGCAAGGCCCAAAGAGCCCCAGAGAGACCUGUGACCCUGGCAGGCCCUGGAAGGGACCUAUGGGACUCGACAGCUGUACACAGAAUAGAAGAAACAACCUCAAAGCAGACCGUCUUUGAUGAAGAACCGUCCCGUGGAUUGAAGCCAGAGGUGUUGGCAAGAGAUGAUCCUUGGCUUUCUUCAUGUGGGGAGCAGUUGGGGAAACAACAGGACAAGCAAGAGGAGGGGGUCUUGACCCAGGGUAGUGCUGGUCCUCCUGGGACUGUCUACGGGGAUCCUGGCCUUGACAGGAGUUGCCUGAGUACCAGCCGGCCUUCAUUCCCCAUGAUACCUCUCAGAAACCAUUUUCAUAAACAAGCGUCACAUGUUAAAAAGUUACAUGGUGAUGUUGCAAAUAGUCACCAACAGAUCAACAACAAUGCGGAUUUCUUUGAAGAUGACAAAUCUGGGAAAGUUCCUCAGAGCCUUCAUCCCACUCAGUGUAUAAGAACCCCGAAAGGAGAGAAAGCCUGUGAAUUUAACGGUCGUGUUCAACCCUUUGGCCAAGGUGUGCCCCUAAAUCUAAAUGAAAAAGUUCGUUUGGAAGGUAAAAGCUUUGGCUUUAAAGGUCGCGGGCAAGUUUUGAACCAUAGCAUAGCCCUCAAUGAGCAACAGAAGCUUCUCAUUAAAGAAGGCCAGUAUAAAUGUACCACCCCAAGUCCGUCUCUUCCCCAAAACCUGAGAAACUACUCUGAGGAGAAACGUUUUGAAUGUAAGUACUGUGGCAAGUCCUUCAGCUGGAGCUCCCAUCUCAUUGCUCACCAAAGAACCCAUACGGGGGAAAAGCCGUACAAAUGCAACCUGUGUGGGAAGUUCUUCACCCGGAGCUCACACGUCGUUUCUCAUCAGAGGAUUCAUACUGGAGAGAAACCAUACAGGUGCAAUCUGUGCGGGAAGUCUUUCACCCAGAGGUAUGUGCUCGUGGUGCAUCAAAGAACUCACACUGGCGAGCGUCCUUAUGAAUGCAACCAGUGUGGGAAGUCGUUCCGCCAGAGCUACAAACUCAUCGCGCAUCAAAGAACCCACACGGGAGAGAAGCCGUACGAAUGCACCCAGUGUGGGAAGUCAUUCAUCCAGAGUUACAAGCUCAUCGCGCAUCAGAAAAUUCACUCUGGAGAAAAACCUUACGAGUGCAGUCACUGUGGCAAGUCCUUCAGCCAAAGCUAUAAGCUUGUUGCCCAUCAGAGGACUCACACAGGAGAGAAACCCUUCGAGUGUAACUACUGUGGGAAAUCAUUCAGCUGGAGCUCCCAGCUGGUGUCGCAUCAAAGAACCCACACGGGAGAGAAGCCUUAUGAGUGUAACGAGUGUGGGAAAUCAUUCAAUCGCAGCUCACACCUUGUCAUGCACCAGAGAACUCAUACUGGAGAGAAGCCGUAUCAGUGCAAGCAGUGCGGGAAAUCUUUCAGUCAGAGUUACGUUCUCGUCGUUCACCAGAGGACACACACCGGGGAAAAGCCUUACGAGUGCGGCCAGUGCGGGAAGACGUUCCGGCAGAGCUCCUGCUUUACCCAGCAUCAGAGGACUCACACCGGAGAGAAGCCCUAUGAGUGUAAUCAGUGUGGGAAGACCUUCAGCCUAAGUGCCCGGCUUAUUGUCCACCAGCGAACCCACACUGGGGAAAAGCCCUACAAAUGCAGCCAAUGUGGCAAAGCCUUUAUUAGCAGUUCUAAGCGCAGUAGGCACCAGGCUACUCACAGCGAGGAGUCCUGCAAGUCCUGACCAGUUGAGAGUCUGAGCUGGAGUCGACUCCUGUCAGUCCAAUACUCUGAAGUUCCGUUUGAAGGAAUGCACUUGACCAGAAGUGUCGGUGUGAGAAGAAUGCACACAGACCUUUCCUCACCCCGUGUCAGUGACAGAAAGGAGUAAGGCCUUCGGUUUGGCAGAUGUGGACAAGAGGUCCCUGGAGAAGAAAAGCUGUUACACCCUGGCAGCGGUGCGUUCUAGGAUGACUGCAGGCAUCGUCCCUAAGCCAAUCUCAAAAGGUCACCUUUAACUGUCAGAAAUCGUUUCCCAAAGCACUCUGUGUACAGAGAAGGCAGAAGCUAGACUUAGAAAAACUGAAUGCUAGAUCAAAUACUGCAAGCUUAGUGCAGAAGCCCUCUUGUUUGUGAGUUCGGCCUGGUCCUUGAGAGCACAGCUUCUCUGUUGCAAAGCUGGCACUCUGUAGAUUUUGUUCAGGAGGUGUGCGUUCUAAAUGCUCUUACUUAGGGAAGUUAACUGCUGGCCAGCAGCUUUGCUCUCCUGCUGCUGGCUCUUUUCCUUCAUGCUACUAGAUGGCUAAGCCACGACCUCCCACCUUAUCCCCCGUACAGAGUCCUCAUACCUACUCACUUCAGGCAGGUGAGCCAUUUGUUCCCUCAUUUAUGCAGGCUUAACCAUUCAGGUUCCAGUCAUAGCCAAACGUAAGCUCACUUCAGAGUACCCUACUGCUCUUCAAAGGAGCUGCUUUUCUACUGCAAAGCUUGCUCUUAUGCUGUCCUUACUAGUCAUUCCGUGCCAUCAGGAGACAACAUAGGAGUCACUGCCUCAGAGUGACAGGUGGCCAUUAAGUUGUCAGGGCCCUAGUCUGCUAAACCAAGCUCAUCUGAGCCAAGGAAUGGUCUCCCUUGUCCUCAAAGCCCCCUACAGUAUUGCUGUGGAUGCUGGCCAUGAGCUGGAAGGGUCAGGAAAUCCACAAGCAGGGUUAAGCUUGGACCAGCAUGGAGGUGAACCCGUGCUAAAAACCCAUCACUAGUGAGGCUGAGUCAAGAGGCUUGUUCAAGCCAGCCUGUGUUACAUAGCAAGACUGUCUUGAAAGAAAGAAAAAGAAAGAAAACAAACUCGUCCUAUGUGUACUCCUACAUACAUACUAAACGUUGGUUCUUUUCCCUGAAGAAAGAAAGCACUCAGAUCCUAAUCUCAGAGAACCUAAUUCGAAAACCAAUGGCCUUUCCUAAGAGACUUACGUCAACCGUUGGCUGCUGGAUGUGCUGUGGUGACUCAACUUAGACCUUAUGUUGGAUCAGGGUAUUUGACCGUGUCAGUCUGCCUAGUUGCCCUGAUUGGUAGUUUAUUACUUGUUUUAUACACUUCUGUUAAAUGUGAAGAUUUUCUACAACUAAGGCAAAUGGCCAGUGGAAAUCAAACACAUGUCAAGACCAUAGAGACUCUGGAACCUCCUUGAGAAAGUGUUUAUGUAUAGUGUGAAGUUGAAAAGGGAUAAUAAGCUAUUUAUUGAUACCGUUGUUUAUGUUGUUAUCUCUCCGAGAUGCAUGUUGUGCUAUAACAUGGUACAAGGAAUAAAACUUUAUCUGAAGCAAAAAAA